AUGUUAGCAACAACAGCACCAAACUCUUUAGUCAUGAACCCAACUUCAAUGUUAAUAGAGAUGAAAAGCUUCAUUCCUUCUUCAUAUACUUUCGAAACAACAAUCCAGAAGAUAAAGCAAGAACUUCUCCAAGGAGAUUUAGACUGUAGUGCGAAAGAUGAAACAAAUGAACAAUAUCUUUAUGAAAUGCAGGACCUCAUCGACCAUUUACCUAAACUUCCUGAAAUCCAACAACAAAAGCUCACUAUUCCUGAAUUCGAUGAAAUAGAAGUCAAAGCAACUGACUCAGUUGAAAUUAAGAAGUUCAUACGUAAUGUAAACUAUGAGUUUCUUGGAUUUCAUUGCAACCACAAAGACUGCGAUAUGGUAUAUUUCAUUGACAUAUAUAAAUCUGAAGAAUUUAAGACCUACGACAACUUUGUUUCGUUAGUUGCUGAAUGUGUAUGGCAGAUAAGAGGUGAGGAUAGAAGAGGUAAAGUAUGGAACGGACAAAUAAAACCCGCUAUGUUUGAGUUAAAGAAAACCAUUGACGCCUUAGUCAUACUUGCAGGUAAGGUUUCAGAAUAUAACGCAAAAAUGAACCCACAAUGUUCAAAAUGUAAAGCAGCAAUGAGGAAAUAUAACUACUCCGUCAAAGAGAUAGAACGUAUGCGAAACGACUAUGCUGACUUAAAGAAAGAAGCAGAGAAACCAGCAGAAGAUAAAAUGGACAU